GACCGCUCAGGCUAUAAGAAACCUGAUGUCUUCUCAGUACUCUCCAUCACAAGAAAUGGCUAAAACUUCUCCGCAACUUCUUGCUCUCCUACUACUCUUCCACAUCCUGAUCACCAUGACAGUGGCGCGACCUGUCAUCCUGGACAAGAACCUCAAGAAUCCUGAGAGUUUCUUCGACAAUGAUCGUGGAUACCUAAUCCCAGGUAUUGGACGAGGAAUUAAACCAAAGUGCAAGGAUGGUUUUAAUCCAUUCACCUACAAUCCUGUUACAGGUGGUAAUGACGGAUUCUUAGGUGACGUGCCUACGGUUCCUAGCGUUGGUGGUGGAAACUAUGUGCCUGGUGGUGAUGACACGUUUGUUCCGAACCCUGGAGUCGAGGUCCCGAAUCCAGGAAAUAAUGGAGGAAUCAGUCCUGGUCCGAGUAGUAAGUGAAGGGCGUUGUAGGUUUCCGUUUGUAAUAAGGGUCGACUAAACCUAGCGUGGUAGUGAUCUCGUUUGGUGCCUUGUUUAAAUCUUUGUAUUCCAAGAUUUUAUUAUGUAUGAUGCUUGUUGUAAGAUGAUUGGAAAAUUGAAAAUAAGUCGUUUUUUCCUUGCUACA